AAGUACCCCCAUAAUCUCCGUGUUCUUUAUCGUCCGUGUCAUAGAGCCGGAAAUUAGAUCGGAAGAACAGAGUAACGAGUUGGUGAAAAUGGGCAACAACGGAAGCACUCAGCCAGGGGCAACUGAAGAAGUGAAAACGAUGAAAGCCCCAGGAAGGGAAGAUACUCGCAUUUCCAGGGCUCACUUUGAAGAGAACCCCAAACGCUACUUUCAAGAGCAUCGUGAUGAGAAGAAAAAACAAACUGCAGAAGUGAAAACGAUGAAAGCCCCAGGAAGAGAAGAUACUCGCAUUUCCAGGACUGGCUUUGAAGGGAACCCCAAACGCUACUUUCAAGAGUAUCGUGAUGAGAAGAAAAAACAAAUCGCAGAAGUGAAAAUGAUGAAAGCCCCAGGAAGGGAAGAUACUCGCAUUUCCAGGGCUGGCUUUGAAGGGAAUCCCAAACGUUACUUUCAAGAGCUUCGUAAAAAGAAGUGAAAACAUAUGACAUAGACUAGUGCUUGCUUGAUGUGUUUUCUGUUUGAAAUAUUAAUAUUUCCUAUAUAUUAUCGAUUUCGUUUAGUUUGAAUGAUUUCUUUUCCUUUUAAUUGCCUGUAAAAUAGUAUGCACCCACCAUCCCCACCACACACAUAUAUAUUAUAAAUGGAGUGUUGAGAUGCUUCGCUUUCUGAUCUCUUC